AUGAAGUUCCUCCUCGCCUUCCUGUUUGUCUGCUGUUUCGCUUUCGCCGUGGCUCGCCCCACUGCUCGUUCGGCGGGCUCCGUCGAGUGCACCAUCUGCGAGUUCGCCGCCUCCUACGUUGAGGGCUUCAUCGCCGCCAACGCUACGGAGCAGGAGAUGAUCUCGGCCAUCGAGACUGUGUGCGACGCCGCGCCCGCGCCCCUCUCCACGCUGUGCGACAACUUUGUGCAGAACUACCUGCCCAAGGUCAUCGCUGCUCUGGUCUCCAGCGAGCCCCCGGCCACCGUAUGCACCCAGCUUGGCCUGUGCGCCCCGUCCUCCAAGAUGGAGGCCAGGGUGAGGCUCAUGGCCUAA